AUGAUCCUCUUUAAACCACGUCACUGUACCCUGCUAGCACUGGCUGUCCUGGCUGCUGCUGCGUCCGCCGCCUACAGCUCGACCUGCGCUAAUAACGUUGUUACCUACUGGGGCCAGAACAGCUGGGGUGGCAGCCACCUCAACGACCCUGACCACUGGGAACAGGACCUCGCCAAGUACUGCCAAGGCGACACCUUCGACAUUAUCAACCUCUCCUUUGUCACAAACUACAACACUUCAGGCCUCCCAGUCCUCAACCACGCCGGCCACUGCGAGACUAGAUUCAACGGCACAAACACCGUGACAUGCCCGGAUAUUGGUGCCGACAUCAAGACGUGCCAGGCCAAGGGCAUAAAGAUUGUGCUCUCGCUGGACGGCGGCGGCAUCUACUCUUACGUUGAUCUUGAUAUCGAGUCAGGCGACCACACCGGGUAUGCUGGAUUCAUUUCGCAGCUGCGCACCCACUUUGCCAGCGCCUCGAAGCAGUAUGUCAUCUCGGCAGCUCCGCAGUGCGCCUACCCAGACUACAACCUGGAUUCAACUCUGCGGAACGCCUGGAUCGACAACAACUACGUUCAGUUCUACAACAACCCGUGCAACCUGGCCAACAUCGACAACCAGUGGAACUUUGGCUACAAGAGCUGGGACGCACUGGCGAAGAAGAACCCAACCCCCGACUCCAAGGUGUACAUCGGCCUGCCCGCCGGACCGGCUGCUGCUGGCAACGGAUAUCUGAAGCUAUCGACACUCAAGACUGAUAUCAUGCAGCUGUACUCGAACUACUCGUCAACUUUUGGUGGAAUCAUGCUCUGGGACGCGUCUUGGUACUCGAGCAACAGAGAAUAUGUGCAGGAGCUCGCUACCUGGGUCAAGACCAGCAUGAACUGUGGUGCCAGUGCCUCAACACCAGCUUCUUCAGCAGUGGCCUCUUCAUAG